AUGUUUGAAUUUCGCACAGCAGCUCUUCUUUCGUCAAUAUUUGGUAUUAUUUGUAUAGCUAUAGAUUUAUUCAUUUUCAUCUUAGUUUAUCGAACAAAACCUCGUUUACAUACGGUCAAUCAUUUACUUAUUUGUAAUACAUCAUUUGGAUCAAUGUAUCUUUCAAUAAUUUAUAUAAUUAAUUAUAUUCAUGCAAUUUAUAUCUACUGGGAUACGAGUGAUUUUACUUGUCGAUUACGAUCUUACUUUACUUAUGUAUCAAUUGGGGGAAUGAUGCAAUCGUAUACAACUCAAGCCAUUUCUCGUUUCUUUUUCUCAAUUUUAUCCACAAAAUAUCGAUGGUUAACAACAUUUCGAACACAUUAUAUAAUGAUAUUAAUUCAAUGGUUAACAGUGUUAAUUCUUGCGUUGCCUGUGCUUAUAUUUGACACGGCUCGUUACUAUCCGGGAAUUCUGUGUUUGCUCAUCAAUGGAUAUGAAGCAAUCGAUGCCUACUUUCAGAUUAUCAAUCUGUUGGUACCGUUUUUAGUAGUGAUUUUCAUUUAUAUUUGUAUUAUCAUUCGAGUUCGUCAAAUAAAACGAAAUGUCAGAGCAACAACAUCAGCUAAUCUACUUCACAAUUCAAGAAAUGAUUUGAAAAUUCUACGAAAUAUUUUGAUUUUCAUUGGUAUGGUGAUAGUUGGUGUAUCACCAACUGCAAUACUUUGGUUUGUUUCCUCUGGUUCACUCUAUCAUAUAAGUCUUGUUUGUACAAUGUUUUCUGUUACACUUACAGCAGUGUUUAAUAUUUUAUUAGAUCGAGAAAUACGAGAAACGAUUCAAAAUAUGUAUCGACGUCGAACAAUGUUUAUUACAACUAAUCAAGUCAUUAAUGUACGAGAGAGACAAAUAACUAAUUGA